AAGAAUUGUUAAAUCGUGUAGAAAAUGCAAAUUUGCUUAGACUUGUAACUAAUUAUAGAACUUAUGGACAUAAAAAUGGAGAUAUUGAUCCUUUGGGAAUAAUUGAAAGAGAAGAAGUAGCAGCACUUGAUCAUAGAAGAUAUGGAUUAAAUGAUCCCAACAGAUUUUAUAAUUUAAAUGGAAUUCUUCACGUAAACAAUUCAAAAGAUUCAAAAGAUUCAAAAAAACAGGAAAAAUUAGAAGAAAUCAUAAAUUAUUUAAAAAAAGUAUAUUGUGGUAGAGUUACUUAUGAGUUUAUGCACAUACCAGAUGCAAGCGAAAAAAGAUGGUUUUAUAAUGUGAUAGAAUCAAAUUAUGAAGUUAAUCUGAAAUUUGAACAAAAAAAAAGAAUUUUUGAAUUAUUAGUAAGAUCAGAGGUAUUUGAUCAUUUUAUGGCAAAAAAAUUUCCUCAAGUUAAAAGAUAUGGAUUAGAAGGAGGUGAAUCGAUGAUGGUUGCUUUAGAUAAACUAUUUGAAGUAUCAAAUAAAGUUGAACUAGUAAUGUGCAUGCCACAUAGAGGUCGAUUAAAUUUAUUAACUGAUUUAUUAAAAUUUUCUCCUAUAAGAUUGUUCCAUAAAAUCAAAGGCAAUCCAGAAUUUCCAGAGAAUUUACCCGCAACUGGUGACGUUUUAUCACAUCUUGCCUUUUCACCUGAAUUAAAGUAUUGCGAUGAUAAAUUAUUAAGUGUUUCAAUGUUGAAUAAUCCUUCGCAUCUCGAAGCAGUGAAUCCAGUCGCAAUGGGUAAAGCGAGAGCAAAGCAAAUGGAUUUAUUAAGAUUUGAGUCAGAUUGCGAAUUGGGUGAUAAAGUUAUGUGUAUACAGUUACAUGGUGAUGCUGCAUUUACAGGUCAAGGAAUUGUAACGGAAAGUUUUGGAUUAUCAAAUUUACCACAUUUUUCAUCGGGAGGUUCAAUUCAUAUCGUGGUGAAUAAUCAAUUAGGUUAUACUACACCAGCUCAAAAUGCUAGAAGUAGUUGGUAUUGUAGUGAUAUUGGUAAAAUUAUAAAUGCGCCUGUUAUACAUGUUAAUGGUGAUUAUCCUGAGGACGUUACAAGGGCUGUUGAAGUUGCAUUUGAAUAUCAUUUAAUAACAUAUCGUAGAUGGGGUCAUAAUGAAUUAGAUGAACCAGCAUUCACUCAACCAUUAAUGUAUAGCAUUAUUAGAUCAAGAAAAAGUAAUGAAGGUCAAAAAAAUUUAACUGAAAAAGAGAAUUUAGAAUUUAGAAAUAAUUAUUUUAAUUAUUUAGAUGAACAGCUUAAAUUAUCUGAUGAUUAUAAACCAGAAGCUGAUGCUUUAGAGAAAAAAUGGAGCGGUAUGGUUUUUCCAAAAGAAUCAAUUAUCAAAUUGGACACAGGUAUAUCAAGAGAAAUUUUGGAAAAAGUUGGAAGAAUUUCGGUAAUUCAUCCAAGGCUUUUGAAAUUUCAUAUACAAUCAAGAUUAUUAAAAUUAUCCGAGGGCAAAAAGAUUGAUUGGGCUACGGCUGAGUCACUUGCUUUUGGAACCUUAUUAUUGGAUGGUUACAAUGUAAGAAUAUGUGGUCAAGAUGUUGGUAGAGGCACAUUCAGUCAAAGACAUGCUAUGUUUGUUUGUCAAAAAACUGAGAGAGUUCAUAUACCAUUAAAUAAUUUAGAUAAAAAUCAAGGAAUGCUUGAGGUGGCAAAUAGUAAUUUAAGUGAAUUGGCUGUAGUUGGAUUUGAAUAUGGAAUGUCAUCUGAAUCUCCAAAUAAUCUAAUUAUUUGGGAGGCUCAAUUCGGCGAUUUUUUUAAUGGAGCCCAAAUAAUCAUUGACACCUAUAUAUCAAGUGGCGAAGCAAAAUGGUUAAGACAAUCUGGAUUAGUUAUGUUAUUGCCACAUGGUUAUGAUGGUGCAGGUCCUGAACAUUCAAGUGCUAGAAUUGAACGAUUUUUACAAUUGACAAAUGAUAGAUUCGAUGUUUUAAAUGAUAAUUCACCAAUAAAUACAAAUAUGCAUAUAGUUAAUCCAUCUACACCUGCUCAAUAUUUCCAUGUUUUAAGAAGACAGAUUGCAGUAUCAAAUAUUGAAGACAUGCUACCAGGCACAACAUUUAAUCCUGUACUUUGUGACAUCGAUGUUAAGGAUUAUACAAAAGUUGAAAAACUUGUAUUUAUUUCUGGGAAAAUAUAUUAUGAGCUUUUAAAAGAACGAGAAAAUCGUAAUCUCAAUGACUCGAUCGCAUUUAUUAGAAUUGAAGAAUUAUGUCCAUUCCCUAAAUAUGAUCUAGAACCAGUGAUUAACAAAUAUCAGAAUGUUAAAGAUUAUAUUUGGUGUCAGGAAGAAUCACAAAACAAUGGUGCCUACACGUUUAUUGAACCAAGAUUAUCUCAAUUAUUGCCUAUUGGGCAUAAACUAAAGUAUGUCGGUAGACCACCAACCUCUGCUCCAGCUGUUGGUGUUUCAAAAUGGCAUCACAUAGAAUAUUCUAAUAUUCUAAAAGAAUUGUUCAAAAAUUAA